AUGCCGAUAGCUGAUGUGUUGCUGCAUCCAGAGUACAAGCAUUUCGGAGUUAAGAGUAGUGUGGCGUUGCUCAAAUUGCUCACACCAUUAGCGUCUAAUUAUAUGGUACCAGUUUGUUUGCCGUUUAGAAACUUUAUGUUAAGACCUUUCAAAGAUUAUGUUGAAAAACUGAUUUAUGUCGACUUUGUUAGUGAGGUGCCUCGAGAUUUUUUAGAAGAAGAAAAGGAAUUGGUUUACCUUCGAAUGGUGCCCAGAGAACGUUGUAUUAAACAUGACAAUGCAAACGAGAGCGGUCUUUUGCCCGAACGUCACGUUUGCACGACUGGCUGCGACCUGCAGUCGGGUGCACCGACAUUAGUACACGAGCACACUGGACAUUGGAACUUGUUCGCAAUGGCUGAAGGAGGCGCGCCAUGUCCCGACCCGCUGCGUUCCCGCGGUCCCGGCACUCCAUCCCGACACAUCCUCAUGAACCCAUACGUACCUUGGAUCACCACAGCCAUAUCAGGACAGGCGAUUGGUUCAUUUUCAAAGGAUGAUCCAUUUGGUAAAUAUACAUGCAUAUUAUAA